ACAAUCUGGAGACCAUUGUAUCCCCAGGGUCGCUCCAGCCACCUUGCCAUAUUCGACCCCGUGACAAACUUGACCAAAGGAUGUCGAUUUAUUCAUUAACCCCUUCAACAUCGACGCGCGAGCCAGUUAGUAUCACCCACCCUUGUAAUUGGCAGUCCACCACGCCAAUUGACGUUCCUUGUCUUUUUCGUUUCAUAUCCUUCACACUCCCUUCUCUCCACGUCCCCCCUCGUUUGCAGCAUCCUCUCUAUCUAUGGCCCAACAACCAGAAUCAACGACACCAUCGGUGAAGUCCCUGUCGUCACUUCUGUUCGAGGAGAUCGAUUCUAUUCUCUGUCCUCCUCCGCAGGCGUUUCCUGUUUACUACUCUACAUCCUCGCCGCUUCCUGUGGCAGACGACCGGCAAGAAACGUCCAACACCAGCGACGCGUCGCCGCGGCCCAGCAGCAUGGUGGCGGACCAGUCGUCUCCUUCAUUGCCACCGUCACUGGUUGAGGUGGCAGACACCGAGGCGGAGAUAUCCAGCACUGACGACGCGUCAGAACAGUCCUCCGACAGCAUAGAACAUCACCCACUAUAUCACCGGCACCUUCUUUCGCCAAUCCUGGAGGGCGGUAGCAUCAUUGACGACGAGCCACGUUAUCCACCUGACGAGGAAUCAAUCUUCGACUGUUAUUUGCCGUGGUCACAGCCCGAUGCUAGUGAAAAUCCACCAUGCCUUGCACUCAAAGAGAGACCGCCCGUCCCACCACGUGGAGACGUUAUCAGUUGUUUAUUGCCUUUCACUCCCUUAACAGGAGCUACCGCAAUCGUACCUCCUGGGUAUCUUCAGAUAUCUGGGCGACGUUUACCGCCUCCGGUCGACCGACCACCCUUUGAUGAACCUCUGUCACCGUCCCUCUCAUCCAAGGGUAUCAUCGACUUCCCAUAUGACUUUCCAAUUGAUGACGCCCCUCGAUCUGCUCCGCUUCUGGGCAGGAGCGAUUCCGAAUCAAGCCGCGAUAGCUCUAGCACUGACGAAGUCCAUUCCGAUAGCAAAGUGUCGACUCGACGUUGGAAACGACUAUUUCGCAGCAGUCGCAAGUCAUCCAAGGUCUCGAUGCCUCCACCUACGAGUCUUCUGGAAUCCUCGACUCCGGAUGUAUCAGAGUUUGGCGCUGUCGAGUCGGCAGAGUCAUUGGCGAGCGGUGAAAAACAGUCAUCGUUAAGCCGAAAUGUGCUUAAGAAGCCGCCUAAGAAAUCCAGUAACCUGGAUGUGCCGUCGAAGAGCGACACUGAGGCUCCAUUGACGAGUGUCACCAAGGUGUCCCGGAAAUUUCCUGGUUUACUGAAGCUUAGUGCUAUAGUUCGAUCCACAGACUCGGAAACCGAGCAUGGAGCGCAGCCUUCGCUACUACCCCGCACACCUGAUGGUUCUUUUCCGCCCACUCCGCCACUGAGCGCUCACGACUUGGGUAAAGUCAAUGCGUUUUAUGCCCCAGUGCCUAUACUACCGACACCUAGGCCACCGAUGACGCCUAAACUGCCUGCAACACCUCAAGUCCCGAUGACCCCAGAAUUCCCUUCAACUCCCAAUAUCCCACCAAUUCCCGACAUCCCGCCUACUCCCAAAAUGAUAUCAAGCCACAAAUCGACUCCUUCUCUCCGAACGGCUCAGAGUCUCGACACCAUGGGUUCUAAAUCCAUACGCUCCUUCAAAUCCGCUCAAUCGUCCAAAUCCUCCAGAGCCAUCCCCCCUCCCAAGCCUGCUCCCACCUGCGAACUGCCUCCUACACCAGCGCCUGCUAUAGUCCUCUCUCAGACGUCUAAAGAGGAUAAGAGGAAUACCAUAUUUUUCGUCAUCGAACCAGAAUGGGACCAAAAUUCGGACGACGAUGUGCCUUUCCAAUUCGUUCCCAGAGAGGCUGUUACUACAAGCGAGCAGAGGGUCUACAUGGAUGUUUUCAGCCAUCGUAUGUCGUUGCGGCCACGGUCUGUUUCCAAUCCAGAAUUGUUGGCUGCUUCAGUGGCGAAGAGUCUAGCGUCUGCCGUUGAAGGAGCUGGGUAUUGAAUGCGAACGAUUUGUUUUGGUGAUUUUCCUGUGCCCUUGUAUAUAGUUGUAUAUAGUACCAUGUUGUAUUACCUUCCUUGUAACUAUCGGAGGUCGCAGAGGACCGUUGCCCGGAAUACAGUGUAUUUUAAACUCCUUCAUGACGAUCGAGGAGGAUGUU